AUGAAUCAUAUUUCAAUAGAUGAAAACAAUAAUGAAUAUGAUAUAGCAUUCAACUCAAAGCGAAAACCAAAACCUUUUGAAGACAUAGAACCAAUUGAUAGUUCAGAGGAGGAAGAUGAUGAAGUACAAGAUCAAAAUGAAUUAGAACCGAACAAACUACCGUUGGCAAAUGAUGUAGACGAGGACGAUAUGUUCGCAAGUGAAGAAGAACAACUACUUAAGAACAAUCUACCGACAGUUGAAGUUGAAGAUGAUGAUAUGUUUGCAAGUGAUGAAGAACCAUCAACCACGAAGAAACUUCAAUUCUCAACCCAAGACCAGAUCGAAGAACUAUCAGACAUGUACUCAAACGAAGAUGAAUCAGAGCCAGAAGAAGAAGAACAUGACGAAGAAACGAUCAACUAUUAUACAAAUGCAGAAAACUACGAAUCAAACAACCACAAGAAGAAGAAAAAGCAACCCAAAAUUGAAAAAUUCGAUCUUUCGGAAGAAACUCAAUCAGGUAUAAUAGAUGAAGAAGGUAAUCUUUUGAAAAAUGAAUCAGAGGAAGAAAUAGACGAAGAAGAUGAAUAUAUAUCUCAGUUUUCCAAAAGUGAAAUUCGAAAAGCUAAAAAGGCAGAAGAGGAAAGAAUUAAAUUUGCCAACAAUCAACAAGAAGAUACAGAACCGAUUGAGAACAUUCUUCUAUCACUUAUAGAAAUACUAGAACCUGCUGAAACUUCACUUGAAGCAUUAGCUAGACUAAACACAACUUUAAAACGUCAAAAAAAGCAAAAACUAAAUAUCAACAAAGCAGAGAAUGAUAUAACCAUUAUAACUAAUAGUUGCUCAAAACUACUGAAAAAAUCAUUGUUUGAAGAUGUAUAUGAUGUGACUAGAGAAGAGUUCAUGAGAAAAUACCAACAAGAAACUGGGGUUGAGUAUAAGAAUAGAACAAAACGACUAAGAGAAGAAAAAGAAGAAGAAGAAGACGAAUCACUAAAAGAAGAAGAAAUAGAUUAUGGUGAGAAAAUAUGGGAAUUCAAAUGGAUAGAUGACCUUACAGAUACAAUAAAUGGACCAUAUUCAGAAUACGAAAUGUAUCAUUGGAAACAAACAUAUUUCGAAAACAAAGUAGUUGUACGUAAGAUCGGAGAAGAUUCAUUCAAACACAUACAAGAAAUAAAUUUUCAAACUUAA